GCCCCCGCCUCCGCUCCACGCCGCGACGGGGCGGUCGGCGGCUCCGCGCCUGCCGCCGGCAUGGAGGUAGCGGGGCGGCGCGGCCGGGUCGAGGGGCGCCCCGCCGGGGGACAGCUGCUCGCCCCCCAGCUCCUCCUCCUUCUCCUCCUCCUGGCAGCAGAAAAUUGUCUGGCUCAGUGUGAUAAUGACUGCAAAGCUUACUGCUGUGAUGGGACUACUCCCUACUGCUGUUCGUAUUAUGCCUACAUUGGGAACGUCCUUUCAGGCACAGCAAUAGCUGGAAUUGUGUUCGGUAUAGUAUUUAUAAUGGGAGUGAUAGCUGGGAUUGCCAUCUGCAUCUGCAUGUGCAUGAAGAACAACCGUGGGACUCGAGUAGGAGUUAUCCGAACGACGCACAUCAACGCUAUCAGCACGUACCCAGUGGCUCCACCACCAUACAGUUAUGAAUACGAAAUGGAGUACCCAGCUGAGCUACCUCCACCUUAUACUCCAACGGCACAGAAUUCAAUACAAUAUCCCCCACCCCCUCCUUACCCUGGAUAUUCUGGGAAAUAAUUAUGUGACUUCACGCAAAUAUUAACUGCCUGCACCGUUGGGACAAAUAUUACCAGCUCAGGGACAAAUUGGAUGGGGUCUGCAUCAACACAUUAUGGCCAGGUGUUGAAAUAACCUGGGAGAGUUGCCAUGGCUCAGGUUGAAGAAAAAUACUGUCCACUCUGGACUAUCACGUUUCAUGAUUAAGCAAAGCGUGACCAAAGAAACAGUUCCUGUAAGUCAGUGCCUGAUGAGUAGUUCUUAUCAUCAGUGCUUCACUUCAUCCGCAGUCCAGUAUACCAUGUGGGAGCAAGGUCUUUCCAUGAAAGAACAUGGAAGUGGCACAAAUGGCUCAACAAGCUGUUUUGAAAGCACAAGAAGCAGCUGCUGGGGUCUGUUUUGGGAGGAAACUCCAACUGUUGUCUUCAAGCACGUGUUACACCUUUUCUUUAAAUGAGGGGAAUAAGGAAGAACUGGGGGGGCUGAAGCUAUUUUCAGUUUCUACUUCAGGCUGAUAAUACCUCACUAUCAGCUGUAUUGGUCUGGUAAGCUUAUUAUCAAGAGAAGUGCUGCUGGAAUUAUUCAGUAACCAAAAACUGAUGGAUAUUAUUUUUUGCCAAGUGUAGGUUGUUUUAAGUGCCUACUUUUAAACAGUUUGAGACUACUUUGUGACCUGUAAUGUAAACAUAAAGAGCAUUUUUAUAUGUUAAAUAUACUAAUUUAUAGCUGAGUUACCUGGAUUUACUGUAUACGUUGGACCUAUGCUAUAAUGCCUUUUUUAUCAACAAGAGAUAUUUCCAUUUUUUAAAAAAAUACUGAAUCGGGAAAACUCACAAGUGGGAGAAGAAAUACAAACCAAGUAUUAAAGCAUCAUAGAUUUGUCUUCAAUUGGAUUGCAUAAAGGCUAUUUUAAAAAUAAAAUUCAUAUUGUUUACCAGUAAUAA